AUGGGGGAUGGAAGGAUUCAAUUGAAUAUUAAAUUUGGUGGGAAAUUUGAAGGAAAUCCAUUCCACAGCUACAUUGAUGGGGAUAUAUGUUAUUCAAGAGUUAUACCUUAUGAGUUUUCCUAUGUUGACUUAGUGAGUGCAAUGCAAGAAAUAGAGUGUCACUCAUGGCGCUCAUUUUUCUAUUUAAGACCAGGUCAUAGUGUAGAGAAUGGGUUAUCUGAGAUUACUAGUGAUGUAGAUAUGAUAGAAAUGUUUGUUCUCUAUGAGGGUAAGGAUAAGGAUAUUGAGUGUUUUGUUACCCAUUUGAUGUUGAAGAGGAUGAUGAGGAGGGUGAAUGAGGGUGAGGGUGUGGAUGGUGAUGAAGGAGGGCAUCUGUCAGUUAGUAAUUUGGAGGAGGACUUGGGAAAAGGUGUGAUAAUUAGUGUGAUUGAGGAAAGUGACAGUAGUGAUGAAAAUGUCAGUGUUGUCAGCUCAUUAGAUGAUGAGAAGGUGAAGAAGAAGGGGACAAACAAGAUGAAAUGCCCAGAGUUCAAUGAAGAAAGAGAUAUGGAAAAUCCCAAACUGGUGGAAGGGAUGUUGUUUCCCAAUGUUAGGGUUUUUAGGGCUUUCUUGAAGGAGUUUCAUCGUAGGCAUGGUUGUCAAUACAAGUACCUAAAAAAUGAAUCUAGGAGGUGGGCAUCUGCAGAGUGGUUGGCCAAGAAGUAUGUGGAUGAGAUAAAUGAUGACCCUAAUUGGAAGGUGACAGCAAUGCAAAAUGAUGUUAGGAGAAAAUGGAUGUUGGAUGUUUCAGAAAUGCAAAUUUAUAGGGCUAAAAGGAAGGCUAUAAAGAUGGUGGAUGGGGCACAUGGUGAACAAUACCAUAGACUGUGGAACUAUUGUGAGAUGAUAAGAAAUAAGAACCCUAGAAGUUGUGCAAAACUUAAGGUUGAUGUAGGGGAUGAAAACAAUUGA